GAAAUUCUAAGGUGUUGUCAUCCGCGUUCUUUGGUUUGGUGUUUAACGUUGGGCAGAUAAUAUUGACAAUGCGGCUCUAACAGCAGUACUAUUCCUUCGUUUCUGUAGGCGGUGGAGGGGUGUAUUACCUAUUUCUCUAACAUAACACGAAAGAGAGAUAGUUAAGUCACCCCUAAGUCCGACAAAACUCCACUUUGAACACAAAGCUAACCCGUUAGCUAUGGAGGAGAGGAAGGAAGAGGGAGAAGCCGAAAUCCAAGAGCACGGCCCAGAGCACUGGUUCUCAAAAUGGGAACGGCAGUGCCUGGCAGAAGCCGAACAGGACAAUCCUAACGAAGAGGAGAGGGAGCAAAGUCAACAGAAACUAUGGCACCUUUUUCAGAACUCUGCUACCGCCGUUGCACAGCUCUACAAAGAUCGCGUGUGCCAGCAGCAAGGUCUGUCCCUCUGGGUGCCCUUCCAGAACGCGGCCACGGCUGUGACUAACCUGUAUAAAGAGAGCGUAGAGGCUCACCAGCGGAGCUACGACCUGGGUGUACAUUUGGGCCACCAGCGCAGGAAUAAGGAGGUGAUUGCGUGGGUUAAAAAGCGACGAAGAACUAUAAGACGGGAGGAUCUCAUCAGCUUCCUCUGUGGCAAAGUUCCUCCUCCGCGGACAGCUCGCGCGCCACCCAUAGUUGCUAUGGUGUCCGCAGGUCGGCCAUCGCCGCCGGAGACCGACAACUCUGUCGAGGCGGACCUGCAGCCUUUCAGAGAGGCUAUAGCAUUGCACGGUCUCAGUGGUGCCAUGGCCAGCAUUUCUGUGCGCUCUGGUCCUCCAGGUUCCCCAACGCAUCCUGCCCAGUCCCUCAGUCGACGCAGGAACGGCCUCCACGACAUGGACCUUAACACCUUCAUAGCCGAGGAGAUGGCCCUCCAUUUAGAUUCCGCUGCCACCCGUAAACGCGGCUCUGCGCCCCACAGUGACGUCAUCACGGACUCACCCACUCAUAAACGGAACAGGAUGCUCUAAACUGAACGUCGAACCCUCAGCUGUCCUCUCCUCGGUGGCCGGUCGGACAGACAACGGGGACUGAUGCCUUGGCCAACCAUGAAACUCUUCCUGUUUAGUUGCAAUGUUACAAAUAAAAAAAAAAAAAGCUUGAAUAUUAUCAGUCUGCAUAUUUAUCCCCUUCCUUUUUUUUUCCCAUGCCAGUUUCUUUUUCAGUAAGGAACGUGUCACCUGAUCUCUCCAUUGUAAUGUUCAGUUUUUCUUCGUCAUCAUUUCUUUGCCCCCAGUAUCCUGAUGCAAGCACACAUUACUCUGUAUCCUUAAAUAGCAGAAUGUUGCAUUUGGAUAUUGCUUAUUGUGUUUCGCUUAUUUCUUUUUUUUUUUUUUUUUUCCUUCUCUCUUUUCGAUCUGAUGAACCCAUUAUAUGCCUACUGUUUUCAGCUUGCGUCCCAUCCCCUUCCUCAGUCGUGCUCUUCUGCAGUGCAGGCCAACAUUUGGGCACUUAAAGGAGGCUGAACUGCUGCUGUUGUUUGGCUCGACUUGAAAACACCAUGUAGAUCUGACUCUGCUGCUGUUUCGUGUUAGCGUAUCUGACAGCAGAACUGCCACUCUUCCCGUAUUGUACAUGUCUCUGCCUUUUUUUGAGAAAGCUGCUCGAGUAUUUCUGGUUGUGGCGCAACAGUGAGUGUGUGUGUGUGUGUGUGUGCGCGCACGUCAUACACGCGUUUCCUCUUUUAUUGGCUACACCCUACUGUUUACUCAUCUGCUUUUUACAAAACAGAGGUUUAUUGCGACAUGUCAGCCGAGUUCACACAAACCAGUUGGCCGAUGCGAUAGAUGUGUUCUUAGAAAAAAGAAAACAAAAAAAAAACUUUAUAUGACAAAAUACCCUUGUUCUGUCUUAUUAGCAGUUCUACACAUUAACCGCACUACCACCCGCCAACAAAACAAACCGACAUGGAGAGCGUCGGAUUACAAGUGGAUGCAACGUGGUUCUUUGUUGCAUUACAAACAGUAACAGUGGUCAAAGGCGUUGGUUUGACCUGCUCAAUGUUUACAUUCAAACCAUAAAUAGGAUCAUAGUCUCGCAUCGUCAGUAUUUUAUGUUCCUUGAUUUUCAUGAUGUGCAAAACUCUCUCACACUCGUGAUUUCAGCUUUAAACAUAGAAGGGGCCGGUGGCUGUGAGAUUAUAUUUUGUUUAGCCAGCUCAUGGAAUAAUGGGUGUGUUAGUUUGGUGAAAAAAACGCUCGUUUUUUUUGCUAAUUUCACACACUGUUUUGUGAUACAAUCUUGUGUAAGCAUGUAAAUAAUAUGUAGGUGCAGUUAUGUGGUACAUAUUGUAAAAAGAAGUGCUAAUCCAUUGGGAAGUCCUUGUAAAAUGAUUCUAAAAUUAAAGAGAAUACAAAUGUU